UACAAUUUGACAAGCAGCCAAUCCGCGCCAUGACAGAGUGACACGUGACACAGAGUGAGUUCCGACUGUGGCUUGGGGGAAACAGAUCGACAUUCAGCCACGGGAGAAACGCACUUUGCGGCCUGUGGAAGUGCCUCCUGAGUGAUGGCCUCACCCGUGUCUGUCUGCAACUCCAACUCUUUGGACACACACAUCUCUAGCGUGUCCAGAGACUCUCUAAAGAUGGAGCCACUCACUGAUGUGUCGCUGUUGCCCGGGGAGGACGGGGUCAUAGAAAAAGAAGUCAUCUACAUCUGUCCCUUCAACGGCCCAGUCAAAGGCAAAGUACUCAUAACCAACUACAGAUUGUACUUCAGGAGCUCGGACGCGGAUUUGAUUGUAACGCUAGAUGUUCCUCUGGGUGCCAUCAGUCGAGUGGAGAAGAUGGGCGGAGCUUCGAGUCGGGGAGAAAACUCAUACGGCCUGGACAUCACCUGCAAGGACAUGAGGAAUCUCAGGUUUGCGUUGAAGCAGGAGGGUCACAGCAGGAGAGACAUCUUUGAUUUCCUUUUCAGACUUGCAUUUCCUCUCUCACAUGGACUGCAUCUGUUUGCCUAUGUAACACAGGAGAAGUAUGAGGAGAAUGGCUGGAAUGUUUAUAAAGCCAUGGAUGAGUUGAGGCGGCAGGGUUUACCUAAUAACAAGUGGCGCAUUACCUUCAUCAAUAAGAACUACGAGCUAUGUGACACCUACCCCACCGUGUUGGCGGUCCCAUACAAAAGUAAAGAGGAGGAUCUGAGGAAAGUGGCAGCGUUCAGGUCGAGGUCUCGUAUACCGGUUUUGUCCUGGAUCCACAGGGAGAACCAGGCAGUAAUCGUGCGUUGCAGUCAGCCCCUGGUUGGGAUGUCAGGAAAGAGGAACAAAGAUGACGAGAGAUACCUGGAGAUGAUCAGAGAGGCCAAUGAUACACCCAAACUCACAAUAUACGACGCUCGGCCCAGUGUGAACGCUGUGGCCAACAAGGCCACUGGAGGAGGUUACGAGGGGGACGAGUACCAAAACGCAGAACUCGUAUUCUUGGACAUCCAAAAUAUUCACGUCAUGAGGGAAUCGCUGAAGAAGCUUAAAGAUAUUGUCUAUCCGAAUGUGGAGGAGUCUCACUGGCUCUCGAGUCUGGAGUCCACACACUGGCUUGAACAUAUCAAGCUGGUAUUGUCAGGGGCCAUCCAGGUGGCAGACAAAGUGUCCACGGGGAACUCUGUGCUGGUGCACUGCAGUGACGGCUGGGACCGGACUGCACAGCUCACCUCUUUGGCCAUGCUCAUGCUGGACAGCCACUAUCGCACACUCCGAGGGUUUGAGGUGCUAAUUGAAAAAGAGUGGAUCAGCUUUGGACACAAGUUUGCCUCGAGGAUAGGUCACGGAGACAAGAACCACGCGGACCAGGACCGAUCCCCCAUCUUUGUGCAGUUCAUCGAUUGCGUCUGGCAAAUGACCAAACAGUUUCCAACAGCCUUUGAGUUCAAUGAGCGCCUCCUGCUGACCAUCCUGGAUCACCUGUACAGCUGCAGGUUCGGGACGUUCCUCUAUAACUGUGAGAAUGCUCGGGAUCAAAAUGAAGUCCGGAUCAAAACAGUGUCACUUUGGUCUCUUGUCAACAGUAAAACAGAUUUUUAUUUAAAUCCUUUCUACACGCCAGAGCCCAACAUGGUGCUCUGUCCUGUUGCCAGCAUGCGCCACCUAGAGCUUUGGGUAUCUUACUACAUCCGAUGGAAUCCACGCAUAAGACAACAGCAGAGCCCGGUGGAGCAGCGCUACAGGGAGCUGCUGGCCCUCAGAGACGAGUACUUGAAGAAACUGGAGGAGCUUCAGCUUUCCGACUCCAGCCCUGCACCGCGAGUGGCCAACAGCACCACCCCCAACACGCCCUCCUCCAACUCCUCUACACCCUCGCAGCACUGCACCCACCUCCAAACGCACUUCUGAGAGCUCGUACUGUGGCUUUUGUCGCCCGCGCACAGGAAGUACCCGGCUGUGGGGAAGUAGGAAUGCUAAUAGUUAGUUUGGUUAACGCCUAACACCCGAGUGGUGCUAGUGGUGAUUAUGCAAUACGUCACACUAUAGCCUUGUCUCUUGACGUUCCUUUACACUCAUCUACAGUGAAGCCUUAAAGACGUUUGGUGAUGUUCCGGAAAAGGGCUUUAACUCGGAACAGAGCACUGUACUGUACACAACAGGAACAAACAGGUUUACUAUAAUCCGCCCGACUUUCCUCCCUUUAACUGUCUGUCUGUCUACAAAGAGUCAGCCAACAACUCGUCACAGCAGGGCCGCCACUGCUUUCAGGGACGCUCAGUGAAAAUCAGGGCUUUUUCUUGAAUUAGAUACAACACCAGGCAGAUCGGCUGGAUGAUAGGGUAGACCAUGCAACAUAAACGUGCAGCCGCAUUCAUGUGGCUCUCAGAUUGUGGCAAAACCAAGAGUAGAGUUUUAUUCCCUUGAUAAAAAAUUUGUUUAAAUGGGCUACUUUUGACAGUAUAGUUCAGUUCAAGUGCUUUUCUUGACACAAAAACAUGUCUUGCCAAAUGCUCUGUUGAUCAGGGUGUUUAUAAAAGGAAAAAGGGCAGGGACCUACCUUGGAUGAGCCACUUCUAACUGUAACAGGGUACACAUAGCCAAUCAGAGUAUGUUCUUUUUAAUCAUUGCUGCAGAACUGCCACCAGUGGUCCAAAGGAAAUACACAUGUAGAGGGACACAUGAAUGCGGCGUCACCGUUGUGUUUUGAUAAACUGAAAUGGAGUUUGUAUUUACCCUGUGCAAUUAACUGACUAAAAUUACUAGUGCUUUCAGGAGUUCGUGUGGCCAAUGUUCAACGCACCUUGCAACACAAACUACUCCUACUGCUGCUUUACUUUUAAACUGAAUCUAAAGGAAUUUAAGGACUCUAGUAUUAAACUGCUACUGUCCCUGCGUUGGAGGCUUGUCCCCAACUAUAUGUAAAUAGCACUUCAGUUAGAUUUUUUUUUUUUUUUAGGACAGAAUGGUUUAUUGGUGAUUUGGAGUUGACUGGUUUUACUCUCUGCUGUCACCUCAGCUCACCUAAAAGCAGUAUUUUUCUAACCUUUCUAAGCUAAGCACCAAAACUGUCCCUAAACAAUGAACUUGUUGGGCAUUUUGGUGCGUUUUAGGUGCUCGAGGUAGUGUAUAGGGAAAUGACGUGGUGUUUGCCUCUGAUCCUGCUUGAUUUGGUGUGGUUUUUGUUUCUGUUUUGUUUUUUCACUCGCAAAUGUCAAUGAUGUUAAACAUGCCAAGAAUACCAAACACCGAAGUUGACUGUUAACAAAGGAUAGUAUUUGGCAUGCAAGUUUUCAUUCACAAUAACAAUCAAAAUAUUUUCAUAUUUUGUACAUUGUAAAAAGAAAACAGCUCAUACUUAUUUAUAAUAUUACCUAAUAGUACAGAGAUGUUAUCGGUUUCAGUACAACAGUGUGGAGGCUGACGAUUUUUACAUGCAUGGUUACAAUCAGAUAGUGUUCUCCCAAAUUUGGCAGCUUUGUCUAAACCUUUCAAAAAUUUUAUCUGGUAUUAUAGAGAAGGCAAUUAUUUUGAAAUAGUUUGUGGAAACACAAUCUCAAUUUAAAGGAGCAAACAGAAGUCAUGUAACAAAACACUUAGGAAACACUGCGACUAGAACAAAUGAAUGAGAGGUAUUAGCCUUUGUCUAUUAUACGUCAAUUAAAUCUAAUGAAAAAGCAAAUGCAGAUAUUGAUAAACAGAUUUUAUAUUCAUUGCCAUAGAUAGAUUUUUAUUGGCAGCUAUACACAACACCUAAUCUGAUCUUUUCAAAUACAUUUUCACACAACUAUCUACUUAGCGUAAUGCACUCACUUUUCUUUUGUGUAUUUGAAGCACCUAAACAAAACUUUACUUCAGAGCAUGAGUAAUCUGUAAAACAUUGAGAUUGGACACACUAGUACAAUAAAAAAAAAAAGGUUUCUUUUACUUUUUCUAUCUGAUGAUAAAAGUUGGAUAUAGUUAAAAAAAAAAAAGAAAGGUUGUGGUAUUUUGAGAUUGACUCUGUACAUUGAAGUGUCUUUGUUUGGUGAAAUAUUAUGUGGCUUCUUCAGAAGAUGAAGUUUCCCAUUGACACCUGUUCACUUUGGGGUUUCCGGCCUCCUGGAGCACCAGUAAUGUACUGUAUGGGCACUGUUGUGUGUGUGCUGUAAACAUACGUGUGUGUCCGGUCUAGAUUUGUGCCUUGAUUCUUUGUGAAUCACCAGCUCCUCUUCUGGAGAUGACUGUAUCAUCUGUCCCAGGUCAUGUUUACAGAGAGACUGUGGCGAUCACUUUGAGUUAAACUUCCACAUAAAUAACCCACCAGUGUUCAGAGACAUGAACAUGUGCUGCUACUCAAAGGUUUGAGCUGCAGCACAUUUACAGAGCAUUGAUCAUAUAUCUCCUGUGUAAAGCAAUAGUCUUGCUCUAAGGCGAUCUCCUCAGUUUACUCUGAAGCAUGACUUGUUUGUUUGCCUUUUAGUGCAGAAUGUCAUUCUACCAAACCAGUCCUUUGACCUGUGUUUAGUGUCUGAUCUGAUAUAGGUUUGAGGGAAGAAGAGACAGCAGCAUAAAGCAGUGUGAGUGCAUAGGGCAAACACAGAUAAAUCUAUUUUUGUUAUUUUUUACUUUGUACAAACAGUUUGUUGUAAUUACCUCAAUCAAAACCUAUUUUACUGUCUAAAGGUCUAAUGUUGUAAAAUACAAUUAUUUUAUGUAGUAUAAAAUUCUACAGUUUUAUAAAAGGAAAAUAAUGUUGGCUCAGAAGAUGUUGGUUAAUUGUGGAUUUUGUUUGCUUUAUUGGUUUUGUCGUCUAAUAUUUUUGAAGGGCAUUUUGGGUUUUUACUCACUAACCCCUAUUGACAAGACAGGAGCUCUUUGCUUUGCCUGUCUCAAAAGUGUUUUAAUUUCUCUGGUAAAAAGCUGUCCAAAUUCACUUUGGCAUAAAGCUAAUUGACUAGAGAAUGACUCCCUUCAUUUCAACUUUGAUUAUUGUAGGGAAUCCUAGUUCUAUAACAUCCUACUUUAACAAAUACAGUUAAAAUGUGUGUCAGGGCUUUUGGCAUUACAAAGGGAACAAAAUGUCCUGUCAGAAUGCAUUUUAAAUGUGUUUGUUAUAAUCAUGUUUUAUUCUCCACUGUUGAUGGAUGGAAUCCGUUUGUAAAUAAUACUGAUUAAAUUAAUUUAAGAAUGUU